AUGUUAGAGCCUUGUUAAUAAUAAGAAUUAGGGAUGCACCGAAUGUUCGGCAACCGAAAUGAAUAAUUAAUAAGUGAAAAGGACGAAUAAAUUUGACCGAACAGUGACGUGUUUGAUGACGCGACCAAGUAGCCUAGCAACCAGAGUGAGACGCGCGAAGCUUUAAUUGCAGCAAACAUGUCGGCUGUGUGGAAGCAUUUUAAAGUGUCAGAGAAAGAUAGCUGAAGAUGACGCGAACAUGAUCAACGCCGAUGAUGGCCCCUCCGAAAGCGAGAAGACCCGGGACGCCGGGCAGAGGAGGACGCGUCCGCCUGAAAACCUGCACCUCCUGUUGGCCGUGGUGGUGUGGCUGGUCACGGGAACCACCAUCUCCAGCCUGAACAAAUGGAUCUUCGUGGUGUACAACUUCAGAUACCCGCUCCUCUUGUCGGCUCUGCACAUGCUCACGGCCAUAGUCGUAGGAGUCAUGAAUUACUGGUUUGUUCGAAACCAAGGCGUGGCAGAGCAGGACCUGACCUCCAGUGCCAAGUGCAAAGUGUUCCUGCUGAGCCUCACCUUCUGCGCCAGCAUCGCCUUCGGAAACGUCGGGCUCAACUAUGUGCAGCUGUCCUUCGCGCAGAUGAUCUACACCACCACGCCGAUCUUCACUCUGGCUAUUUCGUCUCUGGUGCUCGGCAAACAGCACCACAUCCUCAAAUACACAGCCAUGAUGCCCAUCUGCCUCGGGGCUUCGUUCAGCAUCAUGGGCGAGGUGCAGUUUGAUCAGAUGGGCUGUCUGUUCCUGCUCGCCGCCACCAUGCUACGGGCAGUAAAGAGCAUCCAGCAGAGCAUUCUGCUCCAGGAGGAGAAGAUCGACUCUGUCUUCCUGCUCUACCUGAUGGCCCUCCCCAGUUUCUGCAUACUGGCCGUGGCAGCUCUGGUCCUGGAGAACUGGCCUGCUCUUCAGUCGCCCCACCACUACGAUGGCCAUCUGUGGGGCUUCAUCAUGCUCAGCUGCCUGGGCUCUGUGCUCUAUAACCUGGCAAGCAGCUCCGUGAUCAGCCUCACGUCCGCUGUCACGCUGCAUAUCCUGGGCAACCUGAGCAUGGUGGGAAACCUGCUGCUCUCCCGGCUACUCUUCAGCAGCCAGCUUUCUGCGCUGAGCUGCGCCGGGGCUGUGCUCACACUCUCCGGCAUGAUCAUCUACCAGAACUCGGAGAUCAUCGUCGCAUACGUGGAUGCCCGCCGUGCACGAGCCUCAAAUGGCAAAAUCUGCACCAAUGAGGCGGAGCCUUAUCCUGGAUGCACUUACGAAACUUCGUGUCUAGAUUCGUCCCAGGAGCCAUCUUUAGAACUUUCUUCAGAAAUAUGCCAUUCUACAGAGCCAUCUCUAGAAAUGUAUGAUGAUUCUGAACCAUGGGAAGAACUAUACAAUGAUCUAGAACCACCUCCAGUAAUAGAACAUGGCCUAGAAGCAUCUCCAAAACUGUACAUGGACCUUCAAACACCUCCAAAAUGGAAUCAUAUCCAAGAACUACAUCCAGCACUUGAUCAUGAUUUAGAACCAUCUGCAGACCUGUGCCAUGACCUAAAACCAUCCUCAGAAGUUGUCCAGGUCCUAGACCCAUCUUCAGAACUAGACCAUGACUCAGACCCAUCUUCAGAACUAGACCAUGACCUAGAACCAUCCUUAGAACUAGACCAUUGCAUAGAACCAUCUUCAGAAAUAGAUCAUGAGCUAGAACCAUCUUCAGAGCUAGACCAUAAGUUAGAACCAUCCUCAGAAUUAGUCUAUGACCUAGAACCUUCCUCAGAACUAGUUCAUGACCGAGAACCAUCCUCAGAACUAGUCCAGGACCUAGAACCAUCCUCAGAACUAGUCCAGGACCUAGAACCAUCCUCAGAGCCAGUUUAUGACCUAGAAAAAUCCUCAGAACUUGUUCAUGACCUAGAACCGUCCUCAGACCUAGUUCAUGACCUAGAACCAUCCGCAGACCUAGUCCAGGAACUAGAACCAUCCUCAGAACUAGUUCAUGACCUAGAACCAUCCUCAGCACUAGUCCAUGACCUAGAAACAUCCUCAGAACUUGUUCAUGACCUAGAACCGUCCUCAGACCUAGUUCAUGACCUAGAACCAUCCGCAGACCUAGUCCAGGAACUAGAACUAUCCUCAGAACUAGUUCAUGACCUAGAACCAUCCUCAGCACUAGUCCAUGACCUAGAAACAUCCUCAGCACUAGUCCAUGACCUAGAACCGUCCUCAGAACUAGUUCAUGACCUAGAAACAUCUUCACCACUAGACCAUGAUCUAAAACCAUCUUCAGAACUAGACCAUGGCCUAUGCCCACCUCCAGCACUAGACCAUAUCCAUGACCUUGCCCAUGACCUAGGACGUUCAUUAGAACUGUACGAUGACCCUGAGUCACCCCGAGAAUCCGCUCUUGAAGGCUACAGUGAUGAAGAACCAUCAGCAGACCUAGAACUGUUUCCAGACCUAGCUCUAAAAACUGACAGGAGGACAGAGACGGGGUUCCACGAGAAAAUGGACUGAGGACAGAAAGACAAACUGGAAAUCAUAAGCUAUGGUCCUUCCUUACAUGAAGCUCCAAGGAAUCUUAUCUGGAUGUUCAACUGUUUUUUUUUCUUGUGAGCUCCUGUGACACAUAGUUACUCCUUUUCCAUCAACACGGUGCCGGUGUCGGUUCAGGGAACCUCUUUAUGGGAUCCGAAGUUUCGGCUCCUUUUUACGAAAACAUAGAUAUAACUCUCAUGGGCCACGAGUUGCUUUUGUUGUUGUCAUGACGACAGCACGACCUCCGUAUUCUUGCUUCUUAAUACCACUGGUUCUAUUUGGUCAGCUAGGAACUCGGGGUAAAAAAAAAAAAAAAAAAAGCACAGAACGGUUCCAUCAGCACCAGUACCAGGUUGGUGGAAAAGUGCUCAAUGUGUUUUGACUCCUCACUGUGCCAAUACGUUUCAGUUAUCUCCAAGCUCACAAAGCUCUGAGACUCUGACUCUUUGUAUUACCUCCAUUACAUACACACCAGUUGGUAAAAAAAAAAAAAAAAACACUCCUGAGUGAGUGCAGAUGAUGAUCUUUAUCUCCACUGUGAAGCCAAACCCCAGGUGUCUGUGGGAUUCUGGGUAACACCGCCAUAACGCAGGUCACCUGUGGACUGCUCAAGCACUUUUUUUUUUUCCUUUCAGCGGUUACAACUGAAGAAAAGACCGCAUUGAUGGUUUUGAGGUACUGUUCUUCUCACUCUGCUAGUCUGGAAGGGGCUUUUAUAGGCAGCUCUCGUGCGUCAGGCCUUUCUUAUUUGAAUUUUUUUCCCCUCAAGUACGUUUACAUAAACCGCACACUGGCGAGAUCGUCUCCGUUUCUGUUUAGUUUACAGUAAGGUGGACUAUUAGGGGAAAUUGCCAGGCGUCGUUUGUAGGGUGUCUCCGUGAAAUAACCUGACAUUUCUACCUAUAUAAAUGAAACUGUAUAAGCAAAACAACCAUGAGUAGGUUUACUCACAGGUGUGUGAUUAAACCAAUAUUGAAACGUCUUCCACUUACUGCAAAGAUAUGAUUAGUGUAUGAAGAUUAGCUUCUGAAGCCAUGAGGCAAAUGUGAAAAAAUAACGGAAGUCUGUCUCACCCAGGAUUUUUCGUCCGUAAACACUUCAAAGGAUAUCGUAAAGUAGGAAGUCGAUCAUUUUCCUAUAACAGGACGUCCUGAAGUGUUUUAUUCUUUUCAUACCACAGCAUUUUUUAUUUUUUUUCAGUGAUUACAAUUAUUCAUUUAUUCAAUAACAAGACAUCAUAUUUUUUUAAAAACUGUUUAUAGAUACGUUUCAUGUUGUGGAACUUUCGUGGGACGACUUAGUUAGCAUGUGAAUAUUAUACGUUAUACAUCAUUAUUAUUAUAUUACUAUACAUUAUAGUGGCAUAAAACAGUCGUUCUUUCACUAUCGUCUCUUUGUGCUGCGUUUUGAAAUUCAUAAGACAAGAAUAAUAAUAAAAACGCAGCUUUUUACAUCACGGCGAGACAGAAACGUAUAAACUCCUCCGUCCUGAGGACUUUCCUGUGGCAGAAAACUUACCGACUAUUACCAAACUGACACUGGAGACUCACUAUGACCGCUAUACAAGUCCCUGCGAUUGAGCGGUCACCAUAGAAACGAUCAAAGCGCAUUAAUGUUAACCUGUGAUUUUGUCUUGAACAAGCCAGUCAACGAAUCAACGCCAUCUGACCAAUCAGAUUCGAGAAUUCAACAACUUUUUACGUUAUAAAUUCCAGUUUUCACCUGCAGUACAGUUCUACUUGCAGUUGUUGUAAGGCGGGGCUUAGAGGGGCAUGUCCUCAUCAGUGCGCUUUGGUUUAAAUGUACACCUGAUGUUGAUUUGCGGCACGAUUUCGAAUUUCUCAGUAACGUUACGAACAACCUCACCUCCAACCCUGAUUGAACCGAUCGAUCGUCCAAGAUGUGGCGGCCUCCGUAACGUUAAAGUGUUCUGCGAUGCCGUGAUUGUGUGUUUUGUUUGUGUGAUUAGAUGACAGAAAGUCUUCUAAACAACACCAGCAAGUCUGUGUGACAUCACUGAAGAACUGGAGGCAGAAAUGUACAGGGAAAAAAAAGAAAAAUUGGGGUGACAUAGACUUCCAUUAUAUUAUCCUCACAGCUUGAGAAACAAUGGCCAAUGUGUUUCCUCACUAUAGAAUAGCUGGAACAUGUUAUGUAAUCCUCAUUAUGAGGUUUUAUUAUUAGACCAGGCCUGUGUCUCAAAGGAUGCUCGGAUGUCUUUAGCACAGCCGGAAUGAACACCAAAACAGACAUGACGUCGCGUCCAACCUUCAGAGGUUCUUGUGUUUGUUCUUAAUUUAUUUAUUUAUUUUUGGUCUAUGUCAUGUUUUCCUUGGUGUGUGUUACUCAGUAUUAUUCAUGGUGUUGGGAUUUUUCCUGCUGUAUUUCUUACUGGAAGCAGUGUGCCAGUGGUACGGUCAUGCACUCACUGCUGUGCCUAUGUCGCCAUCUGCUGGACGGAGAGUAGAUGUCGUUUUUAUUUAUUUUUGCAUUUAUAUUCCACGUAUGUAAAUUGCACCGGUCAUUACGAGGACAAUUUUAGCUUGAAGUGGAUUUAGAAGUGGGUUUUAGGAGUCAGUAGGUAGAGUUACUACUCGGUUUGGUAGCAGAGCUCGCAGCUGUCCCAAGGUCGUCUUACAAUAAGUAACUGGGCACAGAAGGAACUCUGAGAACCUGAAAAUUAUAUCGUUAAAGCCAGGCUGAAUUAGUCUUGUGCCAAUCAUUUGCUAGAAUGGAUGAAGAGGUUCAUUCCACAACGGCGUCUGAUGUUGUUUUUUUUCUCAAUUUUAGAGCCAAUGGACAAUUGUAUAUGUAAGUAUGUAUUUAUACAUGCAUACAUUAAUGCCAAUAUAUUGCUAACACAUUUUUAUAUCUAAACAAAGGAAUGUUGGCCAAAAUAAAAUAUACCGUAUAUCCAUCAGAAUCUAUAAGGAUUAAAGAUAUUCAUUGUGGUUUUACGUAAAAUAAAUAAUGAUGGGAAAUCAGUUAAAUUUUAUAGCAUGAUAAAAUGUUUAUAAUCAGCAGUAUCGGUGCGAUUAGGAGUAAAUUUAGCGGAAUAAAUUUACAAUAAUUGAUCACUUCCUUCCUAUGAUGCUUACGUCAGGCUCACUGUCAAACAAAGUUCUUCUUAAAUGAUCUUCUGAUUGAUGAUCUGUUUUGUCGUUUAUCUACACUCAUUAUCGUCUGAACACUUGAGCUUGCAUUAGUGCAACUGUGAAGGAUCUGGAAUCUUUUUGAAAGCUGGAAUGUUUUUCAGGCUGAUAAAGCUAGGUGACGCUCUCAGGAACGGUGGUGUAGUGCUGCAGGAAUAUAUCGCGCUUUGUUAUAUAACACACAUGAUGGAUAACAGGUUUUGCUUUAAAAAAAAGAAAAAAAAAAGAACGUCCUAUAGAAACAAGUGUGCGGUGAUGUGGUAGUAACGUCAUUUCAUAUGAUUCUUGAAGACUUUUGUAGGAUUAAAAAAAUAAAUAAAUUUUAGUGCAGAAAUUAGCGCAAAAUCGAGCAAUAAAAGAAUAAUUUCCUGCAGAUUUGGGCCAAGACGCGCCACGUGACAGCAUUCAGACGGAACCCCCUUCGAUUCACGUGCGUCGAACGUGAGUACAGCUAAAAGGCCUCGUUUACCAAUUAAGAUCUCUGCAAAACAAUUUCACGCGCUGGCAGAUUUCGGCAAUUCGGGUAGAAACAAAACAAAGCACAAAAAAAACCUCAAAUUGCAAAGUUCAAAAAUCCUCGGCAAAGUCGAGCGUUUUUGGUCGCAACGAUCACAAAAAACAAAACAAAACAAAGCAACAACCCUCCUGUACGAAGUUUCCUGUACGGACUGAAAAACCUAUCGACAAACAUAAAUAAGGAAAUAAAAUAAGUUUAAAGGAAAGGAAGUCAAAAAAGUUCAGAUGAAACUCAGGAUACGCUCAGAGAAGAGCGCUGUGUCACCGGUUAUCACGAUAACGAUAUAACGUCAUAUCGCCCAGCCUUAAAACUCCAGCACGGCAGAGAUAAAGCCGUUCACGGAUAAAUCUGAAGUGGCUCGAGAAGAUCCUUUUAAAAGAAUCGGUGCACUGUGUCUGAUCACGUUUUGUUAGAGAAAAGAGGAAAACGAGGUGAUGCCUGGCAACCGGCCGCUCCUGGCUCUGACUCAGUGUUUACACCUCCUCGGCUGAACGUGUCCGUAUGGCGGAUCCGCUGUGAGUGAUUAGUUUGGAGUUAAAUACCUCAUUAUUAUUAUGAUCAUUAUUAUUAUUCUGUUAAAAGCUCCUUCCUCGUAUCAUGGCAUCAAAACAGCUCGUUGUGCUCACGUGCAAAUCAGAGGGUUUACAGAUAACGCCGUCGACGUAUAAAAACGUCAUUCUCAGUCACACGGUUAUGAAUAAAUAAAAAAAAGCGUAUCGAUUAAAAAAGCAAUAGAAAAAGCCGUCGACUUGGUUGUCACGUCGUGAGAAUCCGUUUCAGUCUUGUGCGUCUUUUUUUUUUUUUUUUUUUUUUGGUCGUCAGUGGCUUGUCCUCUUCUCAGCAGUUUAUUUGUUCUUGUUGAAUAGCGUACUGUUGAUUCAUGUCUCUACUGCUUUAUCUGUCCACCCUCUGAUUUGCCCUUUUAUACGUUCACUCAUGAACAGAUUAUCGAUCGUCGUUUGUUUGUUUUUGUUUCAUAACGUUAAUGACGUUACCGUCGAGUGAAUCAGAACUGCGCCGUGUUUAGGGUUUAGAAGAAGAGCGCAGGGGGGAAUUAGAGAAGGUCAGAGGUGUUGCUGGAAAACGGUUUUCAGUGACUUUCUCCAUCCAACAUGUCCUCUUUUGGCCAUACACACACACACACACACACACACAUACACACACACCACUAUAAAGGCAGAUCUGUAUCAGAAGGAAUUAAAAUAAAUAAAUAAACGUUAGAAGGCAAACUUCUACCAGGGUUCAAACUUCCAGAACCCUUUUCAGGAACCACAGAGUCCUGGAAGAUUUUUCAGGAAAAGGGAAGCGUUUCACAACCCUUUUCAGAACUGAAUAUUGAACUUGAGCUUUUCUUUUUCUUUUUUUUUUUUCCCAGUAACUGAAGAGUUCUGGAAGCUUUUUCAGGAAUGUAAGAGUUGCAGAACAUUUUGCAGGAACUGAAAACUCGCACAACCCCUUUUCAGGAACUGAAUAGGUCUAGAAUGUUUUCAGGAAUGUAAAAGUUCUGCGAAAUUAUUUCAGGAACUGCGAGUUCUGCAGCUCACCCCCCCCCCCCCCCCCCCCCCCCUCCAGGAGCUGAAGAGUUCCAGAACCUUUGUCAGGAACCACAUACCAGUACCUGAACAAUGUCAGAAUCUUUUUCAGGAAUGUAAGAGUUGCAGAACAUUUUUCAGGAACUGAAGAGACCUAGGAGCCUUUUCAGAAACUGUAGAGUUCCAGAACCUUUUUCAGGAAUGUAAGAGUUCCGCAAUUGGUUAUCAGUUUGUUUGUUUUUCAGGAACCAAGUAGUUCUGGAACUUUUUCAGGAAUGUAGGAGUUCUGAACCCCCCCACCCCCCCUGCAACUGAGAGGAACCCUUUUCAGGAACUAAAUAGUUCUGGAACAUUUUCAGUACCUGAAGACUUUUGGAAUCAUUUGGAACCUUUUUCAGGAACUGGGAGUUCUGGAACUUUUUCCAGAAACUGAGGCGUUUCAGAAACCUUUUCAGGAAAGUAAGAGUUCCAGAACAUUGUUUUUUUCAGGAACUGAUGAGUUCCAGAUCCUUUUUCAGGAACUGAAACGUUCAGGCGUCUUCGCCAGACACUGAAGAGUUCCAGAACAUUGUUCAGGAAAUAAAUAUUUCCAGAACUUUCCUGAUCGAGAUCUUCACAGUUCCCGGAUGAGGUUCUUGCCUUACACAGACAAGGCUGAGUGUGUGGUUAUGUCGUUCUUUAGGUUUUUUUUUGUUGUUGUAGUUGUUGUUAUUGUAUAAAUAUGAUGUUAACACACUACAAGACACACUCCAGUCUCUCUGCAAACAUUCUGCAUCUUGUGAACUUCUUGUUUGAUGAAAAAAGUUUUACAAUUGAUCGAUCAGUGAAGUAUAGAACGGCAAGCUCCGCCCACAUCGACAAGCUCUUUAGGAGUGACUUUAGGACAAGCGGAGCUGUCUUCUCUGGACGUGUACAGCUGCUGUGUGUAUGUUUCUCCUGUCUCUGUCGAUGUAAAUAAUUUUUUAUUAUAUUUAUGUAUUUUACAAUCAUGGAAAGGCUGACUGAAUAAAUCUGCUUGUUUAAGGA